CGUGGAUCUCUAUCGUACAUCAUAGUAGCCAUUGCAUGACUUAACGUCGGAGCCUUAGGAGAAAAAGGUUUCGCACAACAAUCUAUUAUCCGGUUAACUCCGCCCCAAAAAAAACAAGGAAUUCAGUAAGUGGUUCCGAGCGGUGUUUAUAACUUAGCGCGCACAGAAAGAAGCACCUCAAAAACGACAUAUCAGCCUUGUGAGAUAUUUUACUUGGUAUUUAUCAACGUGGUGUUUGCUUAACCUUUAUACCCUAGGACUUUGUGAUAUCUUUUGGUUGCAAAGGUACAACGAGCAAAACAUCUUUAACAGCAGGACAUCCAAAACCUCAACUUGACUUAGUGGCUUUACUCUACCUAAUUCAGUUGUUAUACGUAGACUUGGGUGAGCUGGUAGUCUAAUGAUGGGUAGCUGUUGAGUGCAUCAUGGCCUUCGUCAACUCUCGUCUACCUUUCGUCCCUCUUCUGCUGAACGUGCUUGUAUUCUCGUGGGCUAAAAGCGAGUGUAUGUCUCCUGUCGAUGUGGGGUUUAUUGUGCCUUACAGUGAAAACAAAGACAAUCUCAACAAUGCGAAAGCUUUCAUAGCCACAUCAUCGAGUCUGAUUUGUCUUCUCAACCCGAACGCACGUGUGGCGAUAAUAACAUACGGAUCCAAACCUCUCAGCUUUGCUGCUGGAGGUUUCCCAAACCCUGCUGGGCUCUUCACCAGAGAUACCGGAAGUUCAAGGUGGACGUUAACUUCCCCGACACUUGACACUGCUCUUGAACUAGCACACGACAGACUGUUUAGCGCAAGUGGUGCCGCGCGCAAGAGGGCAUUCAAAACACUAUUUGUCAUCCUAGACGGAGAAAUUGCUACUGAGACCCAGAAAAGGCUGAGCGACGUAUCUCUCACGUUGCGCCAUGCUCGAGUGCGCAUUGUCUUGUCCUGUAUAGGAGACGAAUCUGUUAGACAGAUAAGUCAUAGUUUUGGUGUUAAAAAUGGUGACAUCCUUACACUCAAAUCGUACGCGGAGCUAACUGAGGUCGUUUCGCUGCCACAAGAAAAGGCCUGUGAAGUUCCAAAGUCCUUUGAUCAAUGCUUUUACCACGCAGACAUAGUCUUUCUAAUAGACAACUCCAUAAAAGUAGACGAAAAAUUAUUCCAUGUUCAAAAGCGCACCGCAAUGGAGCUAGUGAGCGCUAUACAUGUCUCGCCAUCUACCAGUAGGAUCGCCGUCAUCGCCUAUAGUGAUACCGUAACGAUCCCCAUACCAUUCAACCAGAAGAACAACGCCGAAGAUUUUAUAGCUGCCGUUCAAAGCUUGACGCAAUCACCGAGUCGGGGUUUGAGUCGCAUUGAAGACGGUCUUCUUGCUACUGUGUUCGAAGUAUAUGGUUACCGUUACAAACCAAGAAAAAACGUACCGAAGAUUGCUGUGUUGUUUUCUGUUCGCGGUAACUGGGACACAGAUAAUUUUGGAUUCAUUCAGGAGGCGUCAGAAGCGUUAAAGAGAGCGCGGGUUCAGCUGCUUGCUGUAGAGAUAGGAAGUGGUGGAGAGAACCCGAGCAUAUUAGCCUCCGUUGUGGAGAAACCUGGUGACUAUGUGAAUAUGAGCCCUACUAGCGCUCCACAAGAUUCACAAAGAAAGAUAUCAGGACGGCUGUGCGAGCUAAUAGAUACCAAGAAAUGCUUCUCGCCGGUGGAUAUUGUUUUCAUCAUCGAUACAUCUUCAUCAAUUGGCUUACAUUUUGAAACUCAAAUAAAGUUCGUCAAGGCAGUUUUUGGCAUGUUCAAGCAUGGACCAAGCCGGAUCGCAAUCAUCACUUACGGUAAUGGUGCCCACAUCUUUCGUAGACUGAAGGCCUUCAAGCAGAAAGAAUUCCUGCAAGAACUUGACUCUUUACUGUAUGACCCACAUCAGCCAAGAGAGACCUCCAUACGCGAUGCUGUGGCACUUGGCGAGGAGGUCUUAUCGACAGGAGAGGAGUACUCCUCGCGUGUGAAAGUCCUUAUAACAUUUGUUGACCAGCUUCUUCGCGUAAAUGAUGGAUGGCGGAUGAGGGUUACAGAGAGGGGAAUCAAGGUGUUUUCAGUUAACCUAAGGAGUAAGGAAAGUACAUCAGAUAAACCUGAAACGGACACAAGUACGACACAUACUGCAGAAGUUGCGUCUCCCGUCGACUUGCCGUUAGUAUUGCCACAGUUUUUGAACCUCUUGUGUGAUCGUGCAGCUCCAAAGGAAUGCUUCCUGCCAGUCAACUUAGCCUUUUUAAUCGACACGCACUUCUUCAAUGAGAAUCACCAACAACUGAUGUUUGAAACUUUGAAAUCAUUCAUAAAAGAAGUUGCAAAAGGCCUUGGGUUAUCCAAAACCUUCAGUCGAUUGAUGGUGAUAUACUUCAAUCAAGAAGACACAUUUCUGGCAAUACGCUACAAAGGAAUCCGAGAUGACAAUCACCUGAACGAGGUUAUCGACCGUAUGGGUUACCCACCCAAGACACAAGGAAGCACUCAUCAAGGAUCACGGGUACGGUCUGCCCUGGACCUUGCCUUGUCAAUCAUGUGUGAUCCCAGACGGCCAGCCCCUCCAGGCCAUAUCGUCUUAAUGCCGACAAAUGACAUCGCACACGAUGAGGGCUUUGCUAGCACUGGCACGCGCAGUGUACGUUGUCACUUCUCGGUGGUCAACGCAUGGUCUGACGUUGACUUGCAACCUUUUAGAUCCCUGGUGUCAUCAAAUCAAGAUAUUCUCGAGUUGUCACAGGCGGAAGACCUCCCACUCUAUGUCCAUCGCUUGACAAAGCGAAUAUGUAGCCUAUCUUCCCCGACGAAAUCGCCUCACCCGGCUCACAUCGUUUUCGCCGUGCACACUUCUGAGCGCCCACAGAGUAGAAACAUAAAAAGGCUGUUGAACUUUGUCGCGGCCAUUGGUGCACGCUUUAGCAUAGCUCCCGGUGAAAGUCGUGUUGCUCUGAUCACCUUUGCCAAUGAUGCAAAUAUUAUUCUACCAUUUAACCACAGCUUAUCGGUACAUGACUUUACAACAGCCAUGGCAAGACAGUUGACAACAGGACACAGAUCUCGUUGGAGUCCCGUGCGUGUCGACAAAGUUUUAAAGGCAGCGUCGAAUAUGUUUGAUGACGGAGUUGGUCCAUACUCUAGAGUAGUUGUACUCAUAACAGAUCGCCCUUGGACGAGAAGCACUUACAUUUCUAAGGCCGUUGACAAAUUACGUGGUCAGGUCAAGAUAUUUGGAGUAGGGGUCAGACAGGUGCAUGCCGAUGAGCUAGCCGACUUGGUUGGGAGCAGAGAAGAUAUUCUUACGAGCCAGUCGUACAGGCUGUUAGAGGGAGCUGGCGUGCCAUUCGGUGAUACAGUGGUCAAGAAAACAGCCCCAAAGAGGUGCUACAAAUCUGCAGACAUUGCAUUUUUACUGGAUGCAUCUCAGAGCACGAGUGAGACCGACUUUAGAAAACUUAAGUGUUUCCUCGCCUCACUAGUGGAUAGUUUUCAAUUUGGCCAGAUGUUCAGCUUGGCUGGUGUCGUCACGUAUGGGGAGACGCCGCACAUCAGAACCAGGCUCACCACUGAUGUGGCACACAUGCUAGGUACCAUCAAGAGGUUAUCGCGUGAAAAAGGGCGUGGUUCUCUGAGCAGUGCUAUCCAACUCGCAGCUACUGAAUUCUUUACCAUAAAAGGUGGGUCGCGACAGGGACUCGCUAAAAUCAUCGUAGUGAUCACGAAUGGCCAAGGCUCGUAUGGUGACACGCCCCCUUAUAAGCAGGCGGCUUCCCUGCUACAGGACUCCGACAUCAAGAUGCUGGUUGUUGGGGUCGGACGUGGCAUCGAUCCUGACUACUUCCAGGGCAUAGUAGAGAGUGACAAGAGUAUUUUUCUGGUGGAUUCGAUCAACAACCACCAUUCAAGGUUGGAGGAAAUAACAAAUGCUGCUUGCAAAUUGUCAGGUUUUAUCCGUUGUCCAACUCCUGUCGACUUAGUAUUCCUUCUGGACUCUUCUGGAAGUGUUGGGCUUCAAAACUACCAAAAGGAGAAAAACUUCAUUAAAGACAUCGUCUCGAAACAAAAUAUUGGCAGAGAGCUCACACGAGUCGGCGUGGUAGUAUACAGCCACGAAGCGAUAGUUGCUAUUAAACUCACAGACUACAGCUCUACUGAAGACUUGAACAAAGCCAUCGAUGGUAUUGACUAUUAUGGUAAGACAACUAGAAUAGACAAAGGACUGAUGACCGCUGACCGGAUGUUGCUUACCACCGAGGGCGGCAAAAGAGAAGGUGUCCCUGCCAUUACGAUCUUGAUGACAGAUGGAAGGCAGACCCAAGACAACGAUGCCGUGUCCCCAAGGAUAGCAUCUUUACCAAUAAAAGAAAAAGGUGUCCAGAUUAUUGUGGUCGCUAUAGGAAGAUCACCGAGCGAUCGCGAACUGCUUCCUCUCGCUACGACCAAGGAGAACCUUUAUAGGGUUGCGACCUUCGAGCAGCUCAGCAAAACGGUGCAGCCACUAAGCAUACACAUUUGCAAGCAAAUUGAUCCAAAGUUGUGCGACAUUCCUACGGAUGUUGUUUUCACGGUGGACGCGUCUGAUGCCAUCUCUCUUGACGAACUUGAUCAAGUCAAGCUAUUUUUAAAGCGAAGCGCUCUUUCCAUCGGUAUCGGUGUAAGCAACCGCGUAGGUGUGAUAUCAUUUGGCCAAUCUGCCACUGUAGUCUCGACCCUUGGAAAAAGUUCCUCUUUAUUUGAGUUUUCACAAAUACUUGACGCCAACCUGGUCCAUCAAGGUGGCAAUUAUAGAUUUGAACAAGCUUUGGAGCUUGCCAAGAAGAUGUUUUUUCUUAAAGAUGGUGAUCCAUUCAGCGCUAUUGCGCCCAGGAGGAUAUGUGUAGUUACGGUCCAUGGCAACCAGUAUGAGAGCACGGACUACGAAGCGCUGGAGAGAAACCUACGGCUUCUGAGGCAGUACAACAUUCAAGUCGUCGUGCUUGGAAUUGGGAGAAUUCAUGCUGCGGACAUUCUCGAGAGUUUCUUUCAAGAUCAAGAUGACGUCCUGUUCGCUACGUCAUUCAGUGGAUUGUCGGCGCAAGUGGACAGAUUGACCAAGCGCGUUUGUAGGGAAUCUAAAACCCGAGAGGAAAGUAAUCCUACAGGAAUGGCGGACAUCGGCUUCGCGGUCGAUACGUCCUCAGACGUCUCCUACCACUGUAUUCAGAAGCAGCUUUCGUUUAUCAAACGGCUUGCGGCACGACUCAACGUAUCCCCGCAGCAGAGCCACUUUGCUCUUAUCUCAUACAGUAGUUUUGGGAGAGUUUUGGCUGGUUUUAGUGAUGAGCAGUCGAUGCGAGCAAUAGACGUGGCUGCUAAUAACUUGACUGAAUCGUACGAGGGAGGGGGGCGUCGUGUUGACCGCGCCCUUCGAGCCGCUAACGAUGUGUUUCGCGCAGACAGAGGGUUAAGGAAUUAUGUGCCAAAGUUUCUAGUGCACCUUAUUGGGGGCAAGCAAUCAUCAGGACCCGCUGCACGCAAGCGAGUUUCGUCCACCCUCACCAGCCCAGAAAUUCUCACGAUCAUCGUGUCAUUUGGUAACAUGGAGAAACACGAACUUCUCUCACUCGCAAAGAACCACGACGAUCCUAUACUCUCGUCUUCGUGCAAGUCUCUAGGUGACGAAGCGGACAGAUUAGCAAGCAAGCUUAAUAUGCUAAUGGAGACCAAGCCAUGUGAGGAGCCAAUGGACAUCGCCUUUCUUGUGGACUCGUCUGGAAGUGUGGGGAAGGCGAAUUUCGAGUUGCAGAAGCGAUUUAUCACUGAUUUCGUAGGAAACGUCUACAGGGAUGGGGCAGUCCAGGCGGCGGUCAUUACAUACAGUGACACUGCUAAGGUUGAGAUCCCCUUGUCAAGUCUAGACGAGGUCUCCUUCCCACAAAGACUCGGCAAUAUCACAUACAAGGGGUACGGUACACGAAUGGACCUGGCCUUGGGCGUUGCUAGCGACCAGGUCUUCACGGUAGCCGCUGGUUCCCGCCCAUAUUUACCACGUGUAUUAGUGCUACUUACAGACGGCAGACAGACACGUGCUCCUGGCUACAAGCCCCUCAAGACCGCCGUCCGCCCCUUGAAGAAGAAGCAGGUGAAGACACUAGCCGUUGGAGUAGGGCGUGGAAUUGACGCACGGGAGCUAAGAGAGCUUGUUGAUCAUGAUGAUGACAUGGUAAUGGUGUCCGACUUUGAUGACCUCAUGACAGCUGUUUACCCGCUACAUACCAAAUCGAGAGAAAUUACCAGCUUUGAUGUGUGCGCACUGCCGUUGGACAUCUCUUUCGUGAUUGGAUCAGAAGUCGCCAUCAGCGAGUCGGAGUUUGGUAAAAUUAAAGCCUUUCUCAGGGGUGUUACCAGAAGGUUCACCAUCUCCCCACAUGACACCACGGUCAGCGUGGUCAUGAUGACGGCAUUAUCCCCCCUCUUGCUUCAAACUAACCAUUCCACAACAAACGCGGCGUUCUCCCAAGCAAUCGAGAGUCUCGUAUAUACCAAAGGGCCUGUUGGUUUAAAAGAUGGGGUUUCUAAAGCCUCAGGACUGCUACUCGAUAGUGAGAUUACAAGGCGGGACGUCCCGAAGGUGAUUAUCGCCGUAACGAGUGCUAUGAUUGGCGAGGCGGAUCAAACAUCGUUACCACCUGUUAACGGUAUAGAAUUGAUAACAGUUCGGAUAGCACGAGAUUUUACAGGUCGAGAAGACAACGACGGAGUAAUGUCAUGCAAGUCUUACCAGGAAUUGCCUUGGAGGGCAAAUGAAGUGGCUACUGAAGCGUGUAAGCUGACAGAGACUCAAAAAUGCGAGAAUACAAUCGACCUCGGGAUAAUUCUCGAUAGUUCCGCUCCAUCCCCACAAGAUUCAGACAGACUCAAAUCCUUCAUCACGCAUCUCAUCAAUUCACUCUCACCUCCCCUGACGGGCACUAGGAUUGGCCUGAUAGUCAACAACACUCUACCAGUAUUACACGGUGGGUUUACCGAGCCAACUAAUAUGGGAACGCUACAAGCCGUCCUCAAGGGGAUUAAGUACAAUGUCGGCGGCUAUCGUCUGGACGAGGCGUUAGACAUGGCAACCUCCCGCUUACUCGACGGUACCGCCAUCCCUCGCAGCACCAGGCGUCUUAUUCCUAAAGCUAUUAUUUGUAUCAUGGACGCAAGCAAAGCUAUACAGACCGCGGUACAGGCCCUUCGUAGCUCCGUGAGGCCGCUUCACGAUGCUGGGGUACAUGUGUUUGUCGUCAGCGUUGGUGCCUCUAAAGACCCUAAGAACCUCAUUGCAUCGUUGCUGACGAGGAAAAGACAUCAGUACACCGCGCCCUUGUAUUCAGACCUGGUAACUAAAGUGGGAAGCAUCUCAAGAGAUUUGUGUCUCAUAGGAGAUUACCCACGAUGUCCCGUUGCCGUGGUCGACAUCUGUUUUAUUCUGGAUGCGUCUGGUAGCGUCUCUCCCAUCGACUUUAAACAACAGAAGGCCUUUGUCAAGGCGCUUGCCAAAACAUUCCUCAUUUCGCCCGAGAAAACGCGUGUAGCAAUCCUAUCUUUCAGUACCAUCGCGAAGCUUAACAUCAAGCUAACCGACUUUUAUGACUAUAAGGCUUUGACAAAAGCCGUGGAUAAGAUCCCAUAUAUGGGAUUUACCACUCGUAUUGACCGGGCUCUGCUCACUGCUGCCACCAGGGUGUUUGAAUACCGAUCGGGGAUGAGGGUGAACUCCAAGCGGGUGCUCGUGUUGCUCACGGACGGGCAGCAGUCAAGGUCAAGGUCAAGGUCUCGACACGCCCUACCACCCAGACACGCGGAGGACAUGUUAAGGCGAAGAGAUGUCCGGGUUUUUGCGCUCGGGAUAGGCGAUGCCGUCCGUAAGCGAGAGCUACGCACUAUAGUCAAACAUCCUGAUGACUUAUAUAUGGUGCCUUCUUUUGAAGACCUUAGCGCCAUCGGACGGCAGUUGGCGAGUGUGGUGUGUAGUUACGUUAAACCAAUGUCGUGAGUGCAGUUGGGCAGAGUUUUUUUUUUUGGAUCAUGCAUUAUUUAAAAUACUAUGGUUUCUAAGGUGAUCGAAUCUGUGCGUUAUAUACUGUACACCCAAAUACUCAGUUCAUGCACAAAAACAAGUACAAAAUUUUUCUUAGGCUUAUAUAUUCAACAAUUAGACUACGAUUUCGAGUCAAUAGAUAGUCUCGCGCAGCCUUGAAAACGAGUAGUCUAAUUGUUUUAGUAUAAAUCCACUCACAUACUCUUUUAAAUAAAUGACGAUUUUAAUAUGAA